AUUUGAAAUAAAAAAAAGAAAACAACAAACAAAUUUAUUUAUUUAUUUAUUUAUUUAAAAAACAAAAAAAAACAACUAAUUUAUAUAGAAAAUGUCAUCAAAUCAACAAUCAAACUUAAAAACACAAGAAGAAAUUUCAGCUCAAGUCAUUACUGACUCAGUUGCAGCUGUUGCUGACCCAAAAAAUUCAUUACCACAACCAAAAGGUGAAGAUGCCAUUAAAAUGAAAGAAACCAUCGAAGAUAAAAAAGCCGAUGCUCAAUUAGGUUCUGGUGCCAAAGAUCAAGCAGUUCAUUUCGUCAAAGAUUCAAAUAACGAAACUAUAGAAUUAGAUAAAGAAACCAUUAAAAAUGUUAAAACCACCGUAUACUUUAAAAACUGUAAAGAUGGUAACUUUACUAUCUCUGCCCGUAUUACUAAAGUUAUGAUUGAAAGUUGUCAAAGAUGUACCUUUAACUUCAAAUGUAGAAUUUUCACCAACACCAUCGAAGCUUGGAAAACUGUCGAUUGUAAAGUUAAUAUUUUAAAUGACCAAGUUAAAACCUUCCAAGUUGAUAUGACCUCAAGAAUGAAUGUUACUUUCGAUACUAGAACUUCACUUUACAGCAUCGUUUGGAGUGGUGUCAAUGAUAUGAAACUCUUCUUCCAAGAUGAACCAGAAUUCGUCCACCAAACCGGUUUCGAACAAAUGAAAGCUCAAUACUCCAACCAAGAACUCUCAUUCACUGUUGAUCAAUUCACCACUCGUAUCAUCAAAGGUGAACUUUUAACUGAACAAAUUAUUCGUUUAGCCAAUGGUCAUAUCACCACCGAAAGAGAAGCCAACGAAUUUGAUAACAACGAAGACUUAAACAAGAAGAGAGCUGAAGAAUUUAUUAGAAAGAGAUUAGCUGAAAACGGUGUUAGUUUAGGUACAACCGGUAUUAAAAAACCAGAACAAGAUCGUAAUGAUGUUUGUAAAUGUGGUAGCGGUAAAAAAUUCAAGAAAUGUUGUGGUGUUUCUAAAAAUUAAAAAAAUAUAUAUAUAAUAUAAAAUAAAAAUCUUUUGUAUAAUAAAAAACAUUUAAUCAAAAAACUAU